UCAAAAACAGCUGAUUGCCGUCUAAAAUGCAUGUUUUUAAAUGUAUAAAGUAAAUAAAUUAAUUAAAUAACAUGAACCUGCUAAAAAUAAUUUACUCAUUAAUAUUCCUUCAUCAAGUGCAAUCGCGACGCACCUAUACCAAAGACGAUGUAGCUAAACUAAGAGACGAAGUGAAAGACAUGUUCUAUCACGCAUAUAAUAGUUAUUUGAAAUAUGCAUAUCCUUACGACGAACUCAGACCGAUUAGUUGUGAUGGUGUGGACACUUAUGGCAGUUACUCCUUGACACUCAUAGACGCGUUAGACACAUUAGCAAUUAUGGGAAAUUAUUCAGAAUUUCAGCGUGUUGUUGAUAUAUUAACCACUAAGAAAGAUUUUGAUGCCAACAUAAAUGUUUCGGUCUUUGAGACUAAUAUCAGAAUUGUUGGGGGAUUGUUAAGUGCACAUUUAAUGUCACACAGAGCUGGUGUUAAAUUAGAACCAGGUUGGCCCUGCAACGGACCUUUGCUGAGACUUGCAGAAGAUGUGGCAAAAAGAUUAAUAGUAGCCUUCAAUUCUAAAACAGGUAUGCCAUAUGGAACUGUGAAUUUACAUUCUGGAGUGCCACCAGGUGAAACUACAGUCACUUGUACAGCUGGUGUUGGCACUUUUAUUUUGGAGUUUGGCACUUUGAGUAGACUCACUGGGGAUCCACUUUAUGAAGAAGUCGCUCUUAAUGCGUUGUACGCUUUAUUCCAUCAUAAAUCUCAAUUGGGUUUGUUUGGCAACCAUAUAGAUAUAGACACUGGUAAAUGGACAGCUCAGGAUGCAGGAAUUGGUUCUGGAGUGGACUCUUACUUUGAGUAUUUGGUCAAAGGAUCAAUUCUGUUCCAACGACCCGAAUUGUACGAAAUGUUUUUAGAAGUAAAAAAGUCCAUAGAUAAAUAUUUAAAGAAAGACGAUUGGUACAUGUGGGUCACAAUGAAUAAAGCUCAGGUCACCUUGCCUGUGUUCCAAUCUCUGGAAGCCUACUGGCCUGGAGUAUUAAGUCUUAUAGGAGAAACGUCCAGUGCGAUGCGUACGCUACACAAUUACCAUCAGGUGUGGGGCCAGUAUGGUUUCACACCCGAAUUCUACAACAUUCCACAGUCGGAGGCCGGAACGAACCGCGAAACGUAUCCGAUGCGUCCCGAACUGAUCGAAUCGAUAAUGUAUUUGUAUCGGGCAACCGGCGAUCCGUUUCUGUUGGAGGCGGGCGAAGAUAUACUGCGCAGCAUCCAACACAGUGCCCGCACACCCUGCGGUUAUGCGACCAUUAAAGACGUACGCGAUCACCGCAAGGAGGAUAGGAUGGAGUCGUUUUUCCUUGCCGAGACCACCAAGUACCUCUAUCUGUUGUUCGAUACCGAUAAUUUUAUUCACAACCAAGGUGAUCAUGGGAAAAUCAUACAAACACCUAACGGGGAAUGUAUAAUAGAAACGGGCGGUUACAUAUUCAACACAGAAGCACAUCCCAUCGAUCCGGGAGCUUUGAGAUGUUGCCACUUGGACGACACCACCAAAUUGUACGACUUGAAAGGAUUCCAGGACAAAAAGGACUUGUUCAAAGGCGAACCUUUAAGAAAACGACCCAAUACUGUAGUAAAACAAGAAACGGUGGCGCAAGAUACAAACGUCACACACGCAAUAAUCACAACAGAAUCGACUAGUUCUUACAUUAAGCUAGAGGAUAACGAUAACAUCAGUAAAAAAAUAAACGCGGACGAUUUUCCAGACGACAACGACAGUUUCGUGAACGAAACAUUGCAAGUAACGCUUCCGGAAAUCGUGGAUCAGAUUGUUUUGAACACAAACAAGAAGUUUGACCCACAGGAAAUGCUAGAGAGGUUCAGGAAAGAGGACAGGUUUCCCAGGAAUUCCACUUGGGAGCAGAAUUUUGGCGUUAUGCAGUGCAAGGCACAACCGUUCUUGCAAAAAUUGUCGAUAUGCGGCGAGUUCUUUAAUAAAUAAUUGUUUUUUAUAGCGUUUGUUUAAUAAAAAAGAAAAAUUAUAACAAAUGCCGUAUG